UAAAUCCCCAAUCAAAGUUCUCUUCUUCGAAUAUACCACCAAAGAAUAUUCUCUCUCUAAACUACUAUUGUAUAACUCCAAAUUAUUAACAAACACAAAUCAGACAUGGGCGAGAAGGUCGGAAAGACAGAGGAUUCAAAACCAGCUCCCGCCGGCGACAAGAAGGAUGCUCCGGCAGCCACUUCCGUCGUCCUGAAGCUAGACCUCCAUUGCGAAGGCUGCGCCAAGAAAGUCAAACGAACCAUUUCCAAGAAUUUCAAAGGCGUCGAGGAGAUUAAGGCUGACGUUACAAACAAUAAGUUGACCGUUACCGGCAAAGUGGACCCCACCAAGCUCCGACAGACCUUAGAGGAGAAGCUUCACAAGAAGGUCGAACUCAUUUCUCCUCUCCAACAAAAGGACACCGGUUCAGAUAAAAAACCCGCCGACAAAAAACCGGACGAAAAAAAACCCGAAGAGAAAAAACCCGAUGAAAAAAAAACUGAAGAGAAGAAGAAGCCUGAAGAGAAUCCCAAAGAGGUAACAGUUGUUUUGAAGAUGAAGUUGCAUUGUGAAGGUUGCAUUCACAAAAUAAAGAGAGUUAUAAAGAAAUAUUCUGGAGUAAAAUCAGUCAAUUUUGAAGCAGAUAAAGAUUUAAUAAAAGUGGCUGGAAUUAUGGACAUAAAAGCGCUAGUUCCAUACCUAACCGAGAAGUUUAAGCGAACAGUCGAAAUUGUUCCGCCCAAAAAAGAAUCAACGGGAGAAGUUGUCCCGCCCAAAAAAGAUUCAACCGGCGACGAAAAGAAAGUAGAAAAGGUGGACGAAACGAAAGCUGUUAAGGUCGAGGAGGCUAAGGGUGUUGAAGUGAAUAAAAUGGAACAUUACGGUUUUCCUUAUUCUACUCAUUAUACAGUUCCUUCAAUGCCUCCUAACCAAGGAUUCGUUGAUCAUGGUUAUUAUGAUACAUCAUCUUUUAGUAAUGGAUAUUCUUAUCCGACUCAUGGAUAUGAUCAAUAUCCUAACCAGAUGCAUCAAAUGCAGUAUUUUCAUCCAACGAAUAUGGAUAAUACGUCGCAAAUGUUUAGCGAUGAAAACCCUAAUGCGAGUUGCUCGAUCAUGUAAAAUGGUAUGUUUGUUUUCUUGGGUAUUGACAAGAUGAGACCAGUUUGAGAGAUUUGCUAAAAUUGUAAAUAGACGAAACUACAAAUGUUAAACUAUAAUAAUUUUCAUAGGAAAAUUAAGAAGAUAUAUAUAGGAUUUUUAUAAUUGCAUUCAUAAUUAAUUCGUUGUAAUGUCCGUUACAUUAUUUAUAAUUAAUAAUAUGGUUGGAUUGUUUGAUUAAAGUUUUAU